AUGGCAGACCUGCUCUCCCUUCGACAAAUUACCGAGCUCAAAGAAACCUUCACCAUAUUCGACAUAGAUUGUGAUGGUAGCAUUACUAUCGACGAUUUGGAGCAAGCGUUCAGUUCCAUUGGCCACAAACUAUCGAAGAAGAAGCUGCAGUCAAUUUUACAUGAUGCCGACCUAGACUCCAACGGUGUGAUUGACUUCCCGGAGUUUCUCACGCUUGUUGCCACGAAGCUGAAUGACCCGGAGGAAAAGGAGCUUGAAAUGCGUCGCGCGUUUCGUAUGUAUGACCUGGGAAAUACCGGUUUCAUUUCUGUAUCCAAUCUGCGCUUUGUGAUGGGGCGCCUUGGCUGUUCUCUGACAGCAGAACAGGCGUUCGACAUGAUUAGCGAGGAGGAUACAGAUGGCGAUGGGAAGCUAAGCUUUGACGAUUUUCGGCGCGUUAUGACUGAGGGAUGGGGCGCAACGCAUUGA